AUGGAAGAAACAAGCCCAAACAACCCCCAAACCAAACGAACAUGGUACCGCAGCACAUUCUUCAACAUCUCCGUCGUUUCCCUCUGCGCAUUCAUAGCCCCGGGGUUAUGGGCAGCAAUGAACGGCCUGGGAGGCGCCGGAGCCGCCGACCCGACAUACAUCAACGCCGCGAAUGCCGUGAUUUUCUGCCUCCAGGUCCUAGUAUGCGUCUUCGGUAGCGCGAUGAUCUCCAAAAUCGGGCUGAAAUGGACGUUUGUGAGCGGUAUGCUCGGCUUCCCAGUCUACGCGUCCAGCGUCUACUGCAACAUCAAGUUCGACAACAAGUGGUACCUGAUGCUGGCGUGUGUGAUUCAGGGCGCGACCUCGGGUCUGUUCUGGCUUACGGAGGGUGCGAUUGUCCUGGCGUAUCCGGAGAAGCAUCGUCGCGGGAAGUAUAUCGCGUACUGGCUUGCGAGUCGGAUCGUGGGACAGAUGAUCGGUGGUGCGGUGACGCUCGGUGUUAAUGCCCAGCGGAAAGAGAGAGGGCAUAUCAGUGUUGAAACAUAUCUUAUUUUCAUUGCCAUCCAGGCUGUGGGCCCGUUUAUUGCGGCGCUGCUGUCCAGUCCGGGUAAGGUGCAGCGCUCGGACCGGACUCGUGUGGUUGUGAACUUGCCUGCGAGUCUGUGCACCGAGCUCAAGGCAAUGGGGAAGCUCCUCACUCGAAAGGAGGUGCUGUUUCUCACGCCAAUGAUGUUCCAGAGUGUCUUCUCCGAGGCGUUCUUCUCGACCUACAACGCCACCUACUUCACAGUCCGAGCACGAGCACUAGCCUCGCUAGUUGCCAGCACGGGAGUAAUCCUGGCCAAUUUCUGCCUGGGGUUCUUCCUGGAUUGGAAGAGACCCAGUGUAAACCGACGGGCCAUCCUGGCAUUCAUCUUGAUCUAUGCCUUCGAGCUCUCGCUCUACAUCUACGCCAUGGUCGCGACAAAAGAAUACGAGAAUCGUUCAAUUAACCCCACCUUUGACUGGACAGAUGCUGGGUUCGGGCGAGCGGUAUGCGUCUACAUCCUCAUGCUGGUUGGAUUCAACCUGAUGUAUGACUACUUGUACUGGCUCGUGGGGACGAUCAACAAAACCGGCGGAGAGGUCGUGCGAUUGUCUGCCAUCAUCCGCGGAAUCGAGAGCUGCGGCCAGGCGAUAUCGUAUGGUAUCAACUCGAUCGACCAGACCCGGUUUUCACUGUCUGGGGCGGUUGCGGUCAACAUGAGCUUUUUUGUUGUCUGUAUCAUUCCAUCGUGGUUCGUGGUCAAGAAUGUUGGCAUGGUCAAUGGAGUCAAGGUGCAUGCUAUUAUUCAAGAUGAGAUUGGAGGGGACCCGGUCCAGGAUGGAGGACAUCAUCCAGAAGCCGGGCAAGAUUCGCCCAAGUCGGACAUGGUAGGGAAUGCUGAGCAUGAGGAAAGUGUUUCUGUAGUAGAAAGACGUAAGGGAUAA